AGCUUUUCUUAAUCAUCAUAUUGUGUGUUGGAGUAUAUAAGAUCAAUCAAAUUUUUGCUAACAGCUAAACUGGCCAAAGACUAGUGUUAGCCAUGAAGCUGAUAACUUUGAUGUUCGCUCUGUGUUCUGCUGUAGCUGUUCAAUCACGUGGUUAUCCAGUGCCUUAUUUUUACGGCGGUAGCAGAGCGUUUGAAGAACCGUUCGAUUAUGAUGAUUGUUUCAAGGACGUCGAAAUGGGCCCGAUUAGAUGCAGAGCUCAUUUUUUGAGUUAUAAGUGGGACAUGGUGACAAUGCAGUGCCAGGAAACGGUUUAUGGUGGAUGUAAACCUACCAAAAACAAUUUUCUAACAUUGGAGGAUUGUAUUAAUACUGCUCAGGAUAUUUGCCAAAGAAUACAAGAACCAUUUGAAUAAAAAGGGCUACCUACAAUUUACUGCAAACAUGGCGGCAGCUUCAAAUCUUGCGUAGAUUAUGGAACAUCCUUUAUUUCUUAUGUGAUAUCUACAUAUAACUAACACAUUACAUUCACAUGGUUUACUUACAUGUCGGCCAUUGUGAAUUUCAUACGCAAGUAGGUAUUCGAUAGACUUUUGCACUGUAAUAUAGGACUAUUGAAUGACAUGCGUAGCAAAUUUUAUUGUAAUUAUCCUACAAAGUGAUGACGCAAUUUCUGUCAACCUACAACCUUCCACAAAUCC